AUGAACAGAAGAAAAUUUCUUCUUGCCUCUGUACUUGCUCUUCAGAAUUCGGGUUUUAUAUAUCCAGCAUGUCAAAAGUGCUUCUCUCGGAUAAUCCUAGGCUCCGAAAGGUCUCAUUGUCCAAAAUGUGGCUCUACUGGCAAAGUUGAAAAUGCCAGUUACAGAUAUAAACUUUCCUUAAAAGUUGCAGAAUCAAACAGAUUGUUUUGCAUUACUGUAUUUGGAAGCUGUUUAGAUACAUUUUUUGGUCUUACUGCCACUGGUUUGCACAGGUACAUGGAAGAUCCUAAUGAAAUUCCAGAAACACUGGACAGUGGUACAACUCAGAACCUAUUAACUAAAGCAGUUGAAACUUGCUUUGUUGGACAAAGCUUUAUUUUUGGAGUGACGAAUUUUGAAAGCCAAGGUUCAUAUUCCAAUAACUUCUUACGGCAAUGCCCUGACCGCAAGAGAGAAGUUAAAGCGCUAGUAGCUUCCCAGAUUGUUCUGCCAGACCCAAGUGUUGCAGGCUUCACUGUUAUUGACUACUACCGUCAGCUUCUGCAGCCUUCCAGCUUAAGGAAACUUCACCAUGGCUCCCAGGCAAAUAGCUCUGUACUUGCUUUAGGUCACUCAAAUAGUGAUCCCAGCAGCAUAUGUGACUCUGACAGUAGUGCUUGUUCUUUUACGUCCCGUGGUAGGGAAAAUUUUUCGAGAUUCUGGCAGUCAUCACUUGAACUCACUUCCAUUGUUUCAGAGCUAACAGAUGAUGAUGAUCUUUCAGCUUCAGAACAAAGCAAGGCCAUUGGUACUCUUCACCAGAACAGAAAGUGUAUUUCCUUUGCAGAGGUCACUGGUUCCCAUAGCUACCAUGAUCCCAUUCAUAGUUCAUGUAGUUUUGUUUUAUAUAUGGAUAAAGAGUGCAAAGCAGAAAAGUUGGGUGAAGAACUUGGCUUACAAGCUAAUCAGCUGAGUGCAGUUUGCAGCAAUCAUCAUGAAAUUGGAGUUACUGACUCUAAUCUAUUCCCUUUGAAAAUACAAGAGCCCCUUGAGCCAAGCAAUACAAAGUCCUUCCACAGUGCAGUGGAAAUUAAAACUAGGCAUUCCCAACCUGAGCUAACAUGUCGCCAGCAUCAUGAUGCCCAUGCCCCUUCUAGUCUCCAAGAGAGAGCUGCAUGUUGUUCGCCUUCAUCACUCAGACUUGAAGAGAUAGCUGGUAGUUCCCAGGAUUGUGACCCGGAGAUGUGGGAUGAUCUACCAUUCUCUGAAAGCCUCAACAAAUUUCUGGCAGUUAUCGAAAGUGAGAUUGCUAUAACCCAGACAGAUGCCAGUAGUAGGAAAUAUUAUUUAGAUAAUGACAUUGAUAAAUUACAUGGAGACCAAAGCCAUUUAUCUGUGACUCCCCAGAGGACUGCUGGAGCCCUACAAACACCACCUGUAGCUUUGAGAUCAUCACAAGCAACAGUCCAAUCAAACUCUAGCAAAGAUAACUUCCUUUCUAAGUGUGAAGCAAAUCCAAGUCCUAGUGCUCAAAAGGAGUCUCAACAAGAUAACAUAGCAGAGACUGUCUCUCUAAGUGCUAAUGGAAGAGAUAUUUCUGAUUAUGUUCUACCAAAUACUUAUCUGUCAGCUCUAUUUUCGUCUUCUAAAGAUUUGGAAACAACAGUUACUCUUAAGAAGACAACCAGAAUCCAACCACACAGGGCCAAAAUUUCACCCAGGCCCACUACUUCGGAGAGUGACCAUUCUUUUCUCAACAUCAAAUAUACUAAUGGAGAAAAAUCACUUUCAGAAAUGAGUGAAAAGUUGACAACUUUGUGUUCUAGGAAAUGUAAUGAUGUUUCUGAUCUUUGCAGCUUAGAAAAGAAGCAAUAUUAUCGGUGGCCAGAGAACCAAGAUGACAGUUUUACAGUUUGCAGGAAACUUACAUUUUCUUUAGAACCUUUUUGCAGUAGUCCAAAUACAAGUACAAAUACAUUGAAAGAAAUGCCUUAUGGACCUAUCAAUAAUAACUUAACACAGAGGUAUUCUACUGGCCAUGAAGGAAGCUACAAUGCUUCUGCUGAUCUCUUUGAUGUUAGUGGUAAAGAAAUGGACAUUGCAACAGAAAUUACCAAAAAAUCACAGGAUAUUCUACUAAAGUGGGAAAAGUCUUUGGCAGAAAGUCAUCCUUCAGAGUUUGAUUUUUCACUGAGAUCACUUUCUGAAAAGUCAAGCCAGUCAUCACAGAAAUUAGCCUUGAAAAGCAUAUCUGCCUCUAUGUAUCCAAGAACAUGUUCUUCUCCCCCUCGUUUUCAGUCAGAUUCAGAAUAUGAUUUUGAAGGUAGCCAAGACUUUGUUCCAUAUUCACAAUCAACUCCAGUUGCAAGAUUCCACCAAACAAGAAUUCAUGGGAUGAAAGGAGCUUUUGAAAAAUUACCUGCCUUUUAUUCAGAUCUUGAUGCUAACUGUAAAAAUACAAGGAUUUCACCUGAAAUUGACACACAGCAAGCCACCCCAAGUGGUCCACAAAAUAAAAAAACACACAUCCAGAGAUCCAAAAAUUCAUUUAUAUCUGGCGUUACACAACCAGUGGUUUUCAACCACAGUCCUGUUGCUGAGUGCCUUGAGACUGAUCCUGAUGAAUGGGUUCCCCCUACCACAAAAAAAGAAUUUUUUUCAGAUUAUCUUCAGUUCCAAACCGUGGAUCUAAGAAAGUGCCUUCCUGCCUGUUAUUCCCCUGAUCAGAAAGAGUUACCAAGAAAGAAACUGAAACAUGUUAAACAGAGAACGGAUAAAUGUUUAAUUAAGAAGGAGAUAAAACAGAAAACUCCUAAAUAUAACUGUACACAUUCAGGCUGGAUUUCUAGAAAGUCAGUUAUUGGACUUGGUUCAUGUUCAAAAGUCAAAUGUUGCCCUCCAUUUUCAGAAAAUUGGCCAUCAUCAGUGCCUGAAACUAAUUGCGCUUGGUCACCUGAAUUGUUUUCAUAAAAAAAGUUAUCUGAAUCCAAUUACUGAACUUCUUCUUAAAUUCAUUGUAUAUGACUGACUGACUGUUCUAUAGGUGUCAGAAUCCUAUGUGGUAUUG